AUGUCAUAUGUUCCUUCAAAUUAUUCAGAAACAACACUGGCAUCACUAAGUCAUGUUGUUAUGUUUCACGUUCUAUGGGUGGAAAACAUUGCAAAAUCAAAAGUUGCCCAGCUAGAUGAAUGGAAAGACUUUAUUGAUCCGCACAACGCGUCCGCUGACCGAAUCAAGAAGAGUAGAGUCAUCCGAGAAGUUCGUGAUGAAGGCGAUAGGGAUGGAGAAGCGACCGAGGGAGAUACAGCAUACAUAGGAAAUACGAAUGGGACUGCUAUUUACAAAUUGCUUUUGCGGGAUGGCUUUAAUAAUUUCUCGUAUGCAUAUGAAGCAGAGCCAUUACGAUUUAUGAGGCAGGAAAACACAGGCACGCCUAUGCCUAUUCGCUUGGGUGGACGUCUUAUUGUUAAGCAAGGGGCACCUAUAAAAAGAGGUGUUUUGUUCCUAACCCACAAAAACUGCGAGUACAAAGGUAUAAAUCCCGCAGAUGCAGCUUUGGUUAGGACAUUGAAUGAUGGAGCAGCAGCUAGAGCUAUUGAUUUGUUAUCUAGAGGCUGA